UCGCUGCUGACGUGUGUAUCCGCUAGUCAUGAAUGGGGUGGCGAAGAUGCGUGUCUGUGGGUUUUAUCCUGAUGCUAAAAUUGAUGUUUAUACGGUAAUGGGGUUUUAUCCUAACUUUUAGCAUAACUAGAUCUGUUAGUUUGAAAGUAUUUUUCGUUCCGGAAAACAGUUUUCCGGGGCUCGAAGAAAUAACGGCGACGUCAGUUUGUAUUUGGGUUUUUUAUAUUCAUAAUGCCGAAGAACAGCAAGACCUCACUGAUCCAGACGAUCGCGAGCCAGGCUUAUCAGACUUUUCACAACGGCGCUUCGUCUGGUUUUGGGGAGAAUAAUGUGUUCCUAGAGCAUCAGGCAGUCCUCGUAACCCUCUUGUCUAAAAUCACGGCCGCGGAUCUGAAUAUUGCGUCACCGAAGAAAGUCUCCAGGAAAUCUGCAGAAGCUCCAGUCACAUACAUGCACAUCUGCGAGACUGAUGCUUUCAGCAUGGGCGUGUUUCUCUUAAAGCCCGGAGCAUCCAUACCUCUGCACGAUCACCCAGGCAUGAACGGAAUGUUGAAGGUCCUGUACGGCAAGGUCAAUAUCAGAUGCUACGACAAGCUGGAAAUUGCUGUUGGUGCUGAUGCUAAAGAUGAAAGCCAAUUUGAACCUCCGCAGGGUGAUGCUGUGAGCAGAGCUGUGCUCAGGACUUCUGGACAGUUUACUGUACAAAGUGCUCCUUGUGUCUUGAGCCCUGCCAAAGACAACCUGCACGAAAUAGAUGCUGUGGAUGGACCAGCUGCGUUUCUUGAUAUACUGGCACCCCCCUAUGACCCUAAUGAUGGGAGAGAUUGUCACUACUACAAAGUUUUACAGACUGUUGGGAGAAAGGAGCAGGGUAGUGAAGAUGAAGUCUGGCUUGUGGAGAUCCCCCAGCCGGAUGAUUUCUGGUGUGGAGGCGAGCCAUACCCCGGUCCUAAUGUUUCUGUGUAGAGAUGCACACUGGAAUGGACUUGUAUGCCUGGUUGCUCCAAUUCAGCUGCGUCAACUUGUAUUUUCUAGGACCUCAAAACAGCACUACAUCAUUUUAAUGUCCAUUUCAUAGCAUUUCUCGGUCAAUGCUAUUUUUUUGGAUGUGCCUCAUUUGCUACAUCACCUCUCUGUGGCCUUUUUUGUGAAUAAUGAAUGUAUACAUGCUUGAAAAGCAUUUACUCUUGUAUAAGUGCACACACAUAUAUAUAUAUAUCUAUAUAUUACUUGUGUUUAAUUUAUUGUAAAAGAUUGUACACAAACACUUAUUCAAAUUUACUGUUUAUACCUUUGCUUUUGAAAUAUUAUUAAAAUAUUCGUAAUACAUUUUUCAUUUCGUCUGGUCCUGGAUAGUUAAAGACAUUUUUGUUUAUUAUUGCCCCUAUUAAGGUUUUUAAUGGUUUUUAUAUUGUAUUAUUAUUUGCCUUUUAAAUAGUUGAAAAAUAUAAAUAUUCCACAUUCCUCAAUUUCUAUGAGAAUGUAAAAGCUGAGGUCACCAACUCUCCUGCAGUAUGACCCCACAUCUGAAAUAUUUUUUUAAGUUUUGCAAAAAUACAUUGUGCACUGCACAUCGAGUUAUUCCAUUAACUCUGCAUUAUUUUUAAUAACUAGAAUAUUUGUUCAAUUUAAAGUGCACUUUUAAGAAUAUAGGUGCUUUGUGUGGCUAAGGAACAGGGCCCCCAAAUAUGAUGAACCUUUUGUGAGGGACCCCAUUUCUAAAACAUAUAUGACAACUUACAUAUUUUUAUGUAUGAUGAAUAUAUCAUUGGCUGGACUUAUAGUAAAGCUGGAUGUGUAAACCUGAAGACAAACAUUCAAAUGUAUUUGUACUGCAGCAACUUUGGCACUAAAAUAUUAUUUCAUAGCAGCUUUACGAACACUAGUGAGUGAGAUAAUAAGGAAAACUGUAGAAAUAUACAAAGCAAAAUGAUUCUGGAAUGUAUGUAGCAACAAAUGAGAGAUAAAUAUCUAAUAAAUGAAAACAAUCUUU